AUGUUCUUAGGCCCCCUUCUGGACGCCUAUGAAGACACGAUCAAAGAGAAGGAAGAAAUCAUUCAGAACUACGAACGGGAAAUGUACAAGUUCACAGGAAAACUCCGGGAAAUCAUCAAGGAGAACGAAUCGCUCUUCUCAAGGCUUACCGAAGACGAAGGAUGCAGCUCGAAACUAAAAAGCGAAGUAACAAAGCUCAAAGUCGAGCUCAAGUCGACUAGAGAGCAAAACGACGUGCUUAUCAAAAAGUGUUCAAUCAAGCAGGAUAAAGUGGAGGAGAUACUGAAGGUGUACGAAGCUAAAGUGGAACAGAUGAGAAGAGAUUUUGAAGUACUACAUGGGGAGUUCAUCAAAUGCAGGGCAGAAAAUGCUGCUUUAAAAGAAAAGGCCAAGUCACUGGUGGAUUCGCAAGAAGAUUACAAGAACCAAAUGCAGAAUUUUAUACCGUUGGCUGUACAUACGUCAAGCGUAAACGAAUGCAAAAAAAAACUGGAAACGAAACAUCUGGAGCUUGAACACACUCUCAAUGAAGUUCAACUAUCUCGCAGUGCUUUGAGAAAGCAGCUCCACAAAGCUAUGGGAUUCGCCAAAGAAAUGGUUGCGGAACAGGAAACGUUACUAAGGGCAUUGAAUCAACGGCAACUGGAAAACAAAGCUGUGAGAAAACUAGGUUGCGACAUGGCGAUGAAAAUGGAUUCUUUGAAAAAUCAGUUGAAG